GUCAAAGCUCAGUGAGGAAGGGUGUACGUCUCCCAUCAGUGCGGUUUAGUGAGAGACCCGCGUCGGACCCUAGUUACGCUGGGGUCCUGAAGCCUUUUUGUGCCUAGUGAGUGAACAGUUCAUGGCAGGAUGUGGCUGUGAAUAGCAGGACGUGUGCCUCUGGAUUACUAGUGUGCUAUGAAAAUAAGGUGCUGGCGAUGCUUAAACACGUGACCUACCGCUCCACCUCCUCCCUCGGCCGCGUCUCCUCCGAACUCACCUGCCGAGGGUCGAGUAGCGUCUCCCCAGACACACUCAGCCUCAAGGGGGAUCUCUCUCCUUCCCCCCCACGCGCCCCAGACACCCUAUCUCUCAACGGUGAGCCGCUGGGGGACACGAUCUCUCUCAAGGAUGAUCACCACCACCACCACCUGUCCCUUAAGCAGUUCCCGGAUACUAUUAGUCUUCACUCCACCUUGAGCUUCUCCUCCCUCGCCACGGGAAGAUUGUCCUCGAGAUGCUCCUCCACGUCUUCCCUCAGUGACACCCCCUCGACCCCAGUGAAGGUGUACCUGAGGGCGCUGCGUCCUGACAUGGAGUACAAGACGCUGAGCCUGUCGUCGGGCACCACGUGCCGCCAGCUGGUGCUGAUGCUGCUGGCCAAGUUCAGGUUGCGUCACCGCGACCCGAACCUCUUCUUCGUCACCAUGGAGGUGACGCUGCGCACGCCGGGGGGCGGAGCCCCUGCGCGGCGCCUCCUGGUGCUGGACGACCAGGCGCGCCCCGCAGAGCUGCAGCAGUGCCGCCCGCGCGGCGAGGCGCGCUUCAGCGUAGGCGUGCGGCGCGGCGGCCUCGUCCGCGUCCACGACGGCAUCCUCAUGCCCGGGUCGCAGUACAAGUCGCUGCUGGUGUGUUACCGCACCACCUCGGAGGAGCUGGUGCAGCUGCUGCUCAACUGCUACAACAGCAAGGAGAGCCCCGCGCGCUACGCCAUCCACGAGGUGUGCGCCACGCCCUACAGCGACCGCCCACUGCGCCGCGACGAGUGUCCGCUGCUGGUGCAGAGCGAGUGGCCCCGCGCCGCACGGCCCCGCCUGUCCCUGGUGCUGCGCCGCACCGCAGCCUACGGCAUGACUCUGCCGCCCAGGGUGGCCUGGCGCCGCAGCCUCGACCACUCCGGCACCGAUACGGAGUCGGAACACGAGGACCACAACACCACCAUCGGCAGCCUCCAUUCCACCUCCAGUGCCUCCUCCGCCCUCAGUAUAUCGUCGGGCGCCAGUGUGUCUUCAGGCUCCAGUGUGGCAUCGAGUGCCAGCGUGUCAUCCGGCGCCAGUGUGUCAUCGGGCGCCAGUGUGUCAUCGGGAGCUAGUGUGUCAUCUGGUGCCAGUGUGUCAUCGGGUGCCAGUGUAUCGUCAGGUGCCAGUGUGUCGUCAGGUGCCAGUGUAUCUUCAGGAGCUAGUGUAUCCUCGAGUGCCAGUGUGUCGUCAGGCAGUAGUGUGUCAUCCAGUACCAGUGUGUCGUCAGGUGCCAGUCUGUCUUCUAACACGUCGUCGUCCUCGGGUGUGUUCUCCUCUUCGUCGAGUCCCGCCUCCUCCCCGGUAUCCUCGCCCUCCAAGCCCUGCCCCCCUAGCGCUGCCACUCAGUCCCCGCCUCCCAGGGUCACCUCCAAGCCUCCCGUCCCCACCCCUCAUCUCGCCAAGCCCCCCACGGCCUUCAGGACCAUUAGCCUGCCUCCCACGCCGGUGCCCAGGACCAUACUGAACACCGCUUCCUGCCGCAGUAGCUCCCUGCCCACUCUGCAGACUGGCGACACCACCGCCACCAUCAUCUCUCCCUCCCACUGCACCACUGCAAGCCUCUCUACAUCCGCUCCCACAACCACCCUCACCUCUACUACCUCCACCCCGCCACCAACACCCCCCAGGACCGUCAGUAUCCCUGGGGAGGCCAGGCCGCCGCCCCUCCCCGUCAGGCGGACGUCGUGCUGCCGGAAUUACAAGAACUGCUUCUACAUCUGAGAGCCGCCGUCCCCGCGGAGCCCCGAACACUCAUGCCAAAGAUUAGAUGGUAACUUACCCGAGAGGCGACAGUCAGUGUCUCUUGGGAACAACGAGGCCUCGGACGGGACGGAGUGACAGGACGGUCCAGAAGCAGAAAACACCAGGAAACUGUAACUAUUCGUGCUCGCUGCGAACUGUUCUAUAUUGAUGGUGCUGAGGAGAAGGAGGAGGAGGAGGAGGAGGAGGAGGAGGAGGAGGAGACCAAGAUAAUGAGGCGAAGGCAGAGGAAAAGGAGCAGGAGAAACGUCAUUACAAGUGCAAAGACAGUGA